GUUUUACUCGUUUUAAAUGAUUGCAAAUGUGAGACAUCGCGAGACAUUAGACACGACUUAAGACUUUUGAUUGAUAAUUACGACAACGACUACACCGAUGACACCGACAACACCCUAUCGACCGGGGAUUGUGUUGUGAAAAGGGGGCCAAAAGUGGUCAGAAGUCGGGCUAAAACAGUAGUCAAAGGGCGCCCAAAACGACGGCCGAAAGUGUCGGACAUUACCGGCGAUACGACGGACACGUGUUUGUCAUGUGAUUGGAUUGGAUGUCAUUAUAAGGCAAACACUAAACACAAACUUUUAUUACACCAAAGAAGGCAUAAAUCAGAUGAUAAUAUAGUCAUCGACGGUGUAAUAGUGGACAGCCAUCAGCAGCAGUUGGUGCGUACGAGCACUGGUAAGCGCACGCGGAUAUGGGAUCAGUUGAAGUGUAGGUGUAAUUGGCCUGGAUGUGAACGUGCCUUUCCCACCAAUAAUAAACUGUUAACACACCUUAGAGUACAUACCGGGGAAAAGCCGUAUGUCUGCGAGUGGCCCGACUGUCACAAGAGUUUUCACAUUAAAGGUUCAUUAAAACUGCACCAAAACCUUCAUUUGCGGGUGAAGUCGUUUGUAUGCGAGUUUGACAACUGUGGACAGGCAUUCUCUAGGGUCGAGCAUUUAGACAAACAUGUAUUUGAAGCGCACACCGGACUCAUGCCAUACAUGUGUCAGUGGCCGGGAUGUGGUUAUCAGACGUGUUAUAGACAACGAUUGCAUUUACAUAAACGCAAGCACACGGGGGAGAAGCCAUACCGGUGCGAAUGGGACGGCUGUCAGUCCAGUUUCACGGAAGCCCACCAUUUGAAAGCACACGAACGCAAGCAUACAGGGGAGCGGCCGUAUGGGUGCGAAUGGCCCGGUUGUGAACGCAAGUACAAGAACCGACAGGCGAUGCGCUUUCAUAUGCAGAGAGUACACAACAAGCAGUUGAGCGCAGACACCAUACAACUAGUUAUCCAGUAGACCAGUGGACACACCUAUCAUACACUGGCAAUGCAUGAGAUGUGAUUUGCAAUUAAGAAUAGGUGCUAAUU